AUGAACACCCUCACAUUCACAAUAUCCCUCUCCCUUGUCUUAAGCACAGCACUAGCCACCCUAAACUUCUGACUGGCUCAAAUAACUCCAGACUCAGAAAAGCUAUCACCAUACGAAUGUGGUUUUGAUCCCCUAGGUUCAGCUCGACUUCCAUUCUCAAUCCGAUUCUUCCUAGUAGCCAUCCUAUUCCUCCUAUUCGACCUAGAAAUCGCCUUACUCCUCCCCCUCCCAUGAGCCAUUCAACUCCAGUCCCCCCUAACAACCCUCACCUGAACCACUACCAUCAUCUCCUUGCUAACACUUGGUCUCAUCUACGAAUGAACUCAGGGCGGCCUAGAAUGAGCAGAAUAA